UUUCCUCGACAUUUUGAAAAAAACCGCGGCGCGCCCAUAGAAGAAAAAAAAGGGAGACAGAACAAAACCAUUGUUGAUUAAUCAGUUAACCAGUGGUCUCCAGACCCGUUUGCGUUAUGCACUCCAUGUCAGAACCGCCCGAGAUCUUCACCACCCCGGCCGAGAGCCAAUCCGGGUCGGCAACGUUCCAAGAGAGUUGGAGUUUUCUAGAAGACGUGAAAAAGCGAUUCGAUGCGGCUCAGCCCGAAGUGUACGUGGCCGUCAUCAACGCUCUUAGCAGCUUUUACACAACUACGCAGAAAGCAACGGGAGGCGUCGAUAGGAGCCUAAUGGAGGUACACGAGACUGUGAAGGCGCUGCUUCAGGGCCACGCGGAUCUGAUCGAGAGGUUCGAGAGCAGCCUCCCUCAGGAUUACCUCGACCGCCGCCGGAGGACGCUGGACCGCGAAAGGCGAAAUGCCCCAUCCCAUUAGUGUACUGUUCUCCUCUGCCAAAUUGUUUGUCAGCGUUGUGUUCGUUUGCUUUCAUAUCCCACAGUCUCCCUGAGGGGGACAAAACUGCCUCAAACCUGCGUGUUACUCCUGCC